UAUAAAGAGCAAAGCACAACUUUGAAGACUCAGCCUCAGAGUUUCAGCGGAGCAGCAGCAGCAGCAGCAGCAGAGCCCUUUCUUCAAUUUCAAGUUUUCAACAACCAUGGCAAUGGCAUUCAAGAUGGCUACAACUGGGAUGUGGGUUACAGAUGAGUGCAAGAGCUCAUUCAUGGAGAUGAAAUGGAAGAAGGUCCACAGGUACAUAGUGUUCAAGAUUGAUGAAGGAUCAAGGCUGGUCACUGUUGAUAAGGUUGGAGGGCCUGGUGAGAGCUAUGAUGAUCUGGCAGCCUCCUUGCCCAAAGAUGAUUGUAGAUAUGCUGUCUUUGACUUUGAUUUUGUCACUGUUGAUAAUUGCAGGAAGAGCAAACUCUUCUUCAUUGCCUGGUCACCAAGUGCAUCAAGAAUUAGGGCAAAAAUUCUGUAUGCAACCUCCAAAGCUGGGCUGAGGAGAGUUCUGGAUGGCAUCAGCUAUGAACUCCAGGCCACUGAUCCAACUGAGAUGGGGAUGGAUGUGAUCAAGGACAGAGCCAAAUAAUUGUGAUUAGAGCAGCUUAAUUAUGUUCUGGGAAUCUUACUUUAUAUUUAAUAACUCCAACCACAUGGGUUUUUUUUUUCUUGUUGGUGGCAUCUUUUAAUUUUCACCUUCUCUAGAUUUUUGGCACUAAUGUAAGUUAAUCCUCUAAUUUUUGUAAUAAUUAUAAUAAUUGUGUGCUGCUAAUUAACCACAAAGUACUUGUUCAUGUAAUUACUUUGUCUUGGAGAAAAGGUGGAUUGGAUUGGAUUGGUGUAACUUUCAAAUGAAUGUUAGAUGUGCCUUUGUGAUUUUGAUGCCACAACACUUUAUGUAUGCAUGCCCUUCUGAGAGAGUAAAUGAGACCUUGGCAAAA